AUGAACGUGACAUGGCAAUCCUCUAUCGACCGGACGCUGCGCUCCACAGAGGCGACGCUUGAGCAGCUGCAGCACCGCCGUCUCAGCUACGAUCGCGCGAAGCGAAAGGUCGACGACUACCUUGGCACAUCCCCGAACGUCCACAGCGGUCAACCCGCCCUCGACAUGUUCGACCAGGAUUUCAGUCUACCACCACCCUUGCCACAGCACCUCCGCUACCGUGCCGCGUGCGUGGCAGGGCCGUCUCCGCCGGCGUCGACCUUGCUUGAUUACUCAACCCCGGCGCGGCGGUCGCGCCUACUAUCGUCGGCAGCUGAUGGUGCGGAUCAACGGCCGACUGAUUUGUCGUCCUCACCGCUGCAGCUCGUCAAUGCACAAGUGCGCGGCGCGCUGUUGGAACUGGAGCUUGAGAAAGCGAAGCGGGCCGACAGCGUCCGCGAACUGGCUUACCGCACCACCGCCGAGUUUGCUGAAAUGCGUAGUCUCAUCACGCAGCUGCAGACAGAGAACGGGGCGCUGAAGAAGUCCGUGCGCGCGCUGGAAGGCCGCCUCGGGUGUGGGGGCAACUCGGACGGCUUGCAUAAGAGCGCAGCAAACGGCACAGCUACGACCGACGAUGGUGCGUUCUCCAUUACCUCCUUGGGAGCGCUGGCCCCGCCAACGCGCGCGGGAACGUUGCCUUCUGUGGCUAUCAACAGUCGAUUUGGCCUUGGGCAUGACGCUACGAUGCCUGCCAGUGCAGCGGCGUCUCUCGUGGCCCGCGUGGAAGCGCUCGAGAGCGGCUUUGCUCGGCAGCAGCAGCACAUAGAGGACCGGCAGACACGCGUGACAAGCGCUCUGCACGAACUGGUCAAGGCGGAGGUGGGCUCCGAGAUAUCGCAGGUGCGGGCGCUGGCGCGGGAGGCGGCCCGCGAUAGCGCAGAAGACUUGCUGAAGUUGCGGCUUUCUGCCUUGCAGUCGAGCACUCAGGCAGAUCUUCAGAGGGCGCUGCACGCCGCAUCGGCGAGCGAAACUGUGGCCCAGCACGUACAGCAGCAGUGCCACGAGUCAGAGCAACGGCUAUCUUCGCACAUGCUCAAGGUGCAGGCACAGCUGUCAGAGUGGCAACGCACACACGGCGGCAAUGCAUCGGGCAGCACCACCGUCGCCACGUCGGGGACGAGCCAGCAGGAAAAGGAGCGUGUAGCCGCGGUGGAACGCCGCCUUGACGAGCAGCUGCGCAGCAUGCAAAGUCAACUGCAACAGUACCGUUCCGGUGUCGAGACACAAAUCCACCGCCUGGCACAGCAACACAAUGCGCUCUCCGGCGUGGUGGAAGGGAAGGCUGAUGCCGCUGAGUUACUGGCAGUGCGCGAACAUCUAGGGGAGCAGCAGAGAGGUGACAGCAGUGGAUGGAUGUCACGUGACCAGGUGACCGCCCUGCUUCGGGCGCAGCUGCAGCCCCUUCAUGACGAGAUGCACAAGGCACAGACCAUGGCGCAAGAGAGCCUUGACAAUACCAAUGCUUGGAAGCGGGAAGCUGCGAGGCGCUUUGCCACAGUCGAGGCGGGCAUGAAAGCGCAGUCCGCGGAAACGCAGCAAGAUCAGCAAUGGCAGAGCUGCGCACGUGAUGUACAGCAGGUGCGGACAGAGAUGAACAGCGUCCAGUCCCGCGUCGCCGAGGCAGUACGGCAAGCCAAGACGGAGUUGGUGAACGUCUGGGAUGCCAAACUGCAACUACUGGAGGAGCGUACACAGCAGAUCCACCGAGAGCGCCAGCAGCAAACCGACGCGCAGCUGCGGCAGCUGCAGCAGACACUGGUAGAACAGCAGGAAGCGCUGCAGCGAGCUCGCAUGACAGGGGAGUCCGUGGAAGAGCGCCUACGGCGGACGGAGGCGGCGCUUGCUGCGGUUGAGAUGACCUUGCCACGCACGGCGGAAGAUGUUCGGGUUAAGUACGAGGCGCUGCAGGCAGUCAUGCAGCAGACGUGCGUACUUCCGGUGACUCGGGUGCAACAGGACAUCGACGCAGCACAGCGCAAACUGCAGGCGGUGGAGGAAGACCGGGCAAUGCUGAACAACAGCUGGAAGCAGCAGCUGGCGGAGGCACAGCACUACCACGAGGAACGCGUCCAACACACUCGGGAGGUGUUCGAGCAGCGAUUCGCUCACCACAAGGAGCUCUACGAGGAACUCCGGACGCAGCAAACCUUGCAGCGGCGCGCCACGGAGGAGCAGCAUCAGCAACUCAUGGACCGCGUCCGACACCUUCAACAACAACAGCAUAGGUUCUCGAGCGUGGUGGCGCCGACGACCGUGCGCGAGCAGUCUGCAGAGGUGGCAAGCACUCAUGCUCUGGCGACAGCAGCAUCGACCUCUAUAGCCGGCACGACAGCUUCGGGGGAGUACCAGCGCAGCCUGCAACUGCUAGACAGCAGGCUUCAGGAUCUCGAUAGCCGCCUCGACACAGUGGAGGAAGCAAGCGCUAGUGUACCGCUCACCAUCGCAGACGCGACAAGCUCGGUGGCGAAACGUCUGGAGGGGCUUCAAGAUCGCGUUCAAGCUCAGGUAGAGGACUGGCAGAGGCGGCACAAUGAACUAGAGCGCGAUACAGAACGGCAGCUGAGUGCGCUGUCAAGGAGGUGUUCGGAAACAUUAGCGUUCAUCGACGCUCAGUCGGCGCGCACGACGUGUGCAAUGGACGAGGCACUUUCCCCGCUGAAACUCGUCACUUGUCUUUUGACUGACAAGUCGUGUCUUCAGCACUUGGCGCUUCGCCUGCGAGACCACCUGGCGCUGACACUCGAAGAAACGCCUGCUUUGGCUGACGUGCGGGUGCACUUAGCGACACUCGCAAAGACGCUGGAAGCGGUGCAGGCAUCCAUGCAACAGGCGCAGCAGGAGAUUGCCGGACUCAGUGAAAGGAACCGUGCGGAUCAAGCGCCUGGCGCCGUUCCCCCCUCAAGCUCAGAGAUGGAAUCUGCCACGGCUGCAGAGGCAGCGACUGCAAGACAGGAGAUGCUCGAUCUCAUCCAUAACUUACAGGUAACGCUGGAGGAGCAACGCGGGCGUCAGGAUCACCUCGAAGAAAGCCUGCGUCACCUCACGGUACAGCAACUCGCCACUGUUACCAAGGAGCUCGCCGAGGUCAAGCAGGUAGCAGAGAGCGUCUCGCUGGAGAUUGCCAAGCAUUCCGACCACUGCAACGCACUUCAGUCCGCGCAGCGGCAGCAGCUGCCGACGCUGCAGAAGUACGUGCAGGAUAUCGUCCAGGUGGUCGAGUCGAACCAGUCGUCACAGCUGGACCCGAUCCAGCUGCGGCUGCGCGCCGUCGAGGAUCGCCAGAAGCAUCUGCAGACGCGGCUGGAGGAAGCCAAUGCUACCCAGGAAGCGGAUGUCGUGCAGAGGGUACAAGAGCUGCACAAGAGGAUGGACCAGCAGUCGGAAAAGGUGCACAAAGCUGUUGAGGGGCAACUCGCAAGUUUGCGCGACGAGGUGAUAGCCACACGGACAGACGCCGACUCUCUGGCAAAGCGCGUGGCGGCCACAGAGCAGGCGAGGGAACACGUGACGGGCAUGCUAGCGACUCUGCAAGCCGCGGCGCCACCCGCCAAAGCGGCAGAAGCACUCAUGACACCCGAUGCUGUGGCAGAGGAGCCUUUGGAUAUCAGAGAAAUCGAUGAACGGCUCACUCAACUAGAAAAGCAGGCACACGACUCGGUGUCUGUGACAGCCGAGAUGUUGGGAGCAUUUCGUGAUCAACUUCAGAAUGUUGUGGGUCGCUUUGCGGCGGCCGCCGCGCAGCUUACCGGGCACACAGAGCGCAGUGGCGCAAGAGCGGCGGUGGCUGCCACAGAGGGCGCAUCCUCCCCACAGCCACCCAUUCACAGUCUUGAGGAUGUCUUCUUAUUUCUUCUUGAGCGACUCCUCCAGCUUCAGCAGGCACUGCAACAACUGCAGUCGAGCACAGUGGAUACGCUGGAGAUCCUCGAACGGCACGAAGAGAGUGUCGCGUCACUACCAAUGCUCCAGCACACGGUAGAUUUGAUGGCUGACACCCUCAUGCCACUCGCCGAGCGGCUCGGCGUGGAGAGAGGUGCCGUCUGCACUACUUCACCUCAGCAGCAGCAGCACCACCAUCACCAUAGCCACACCUCGCUAUUCCCGCCCUCACGCAGCAGCAGUGACUCUGAGAACAGUGAGUGGGUCAGUGAGGAACUGCCUGGACACGUUUAG